AUGUCUGGCCGUAAGUUCUUUGUUGGUGGAAACUGGAAGAUGAAUGGAGACACUCAGUCCAUUGAUGGCAUCAUUUCCUUUUUGAACGAUGGAGUCAAGGAUGAUCACGUUGAAGUAGUUGUAGCUCCACCUGCUCCUUAUCUUGCUUAUGUUAAGAGCAAGGUGAAUGGUAACGUCAAUGUGUCUGCCCAGAAUGCCUACAAAGAAGCUAAGGGAGCUUUUACAGGUGAAAUCAGCCCUGCCAUGAUUAAAGAUCUCGGAUUGAAGUAUGUUAUUCUUGGUCACUCUGAACGACGACAUGUCUUUGGAGAAUCUGAUGAUUUGAUUGCUGCCAAGACCGUUCACGCUCUUGAGAAUGGAUUGGUUGUUGUGUUCUGUAUUGGUGAGAAGCUGGAAGAACGUGAAGCUGGCAAAACUAAGGAGGUAACUUAAUAUUUGUCAUUUUAAUUUACUUUUUAGGUCAACUUCCGUCAAUUGCAAGCUAUCGUGGACAAGAAGGUUGACUGGAGCAAGAUUGUUAUUGCUUAUGAACCAGUCUGGGCUAUUGGAACUGGCAAGACGGCGUCUCCAGAACAAGCCCAGGAAGUUCACGGUUGGAUUCGUGAAUUCUUGAAGGAAAAGGUAUCAGAAGACGUCUCCAAGAGCACCAGAAUCAUCUACGGAGGUUCGGUAACUGCCGCUAACGCUGCCGAACUCGGUCAGAAGCCAGACAUUGACGGAUUCUUGGUCGGAGGAGCUUCUCUCAAGCCCGACUUUAUCAAGAUUGUUCAAGCUCGUGGAUAA